ACCUGUGGCUACAAACGGUGCUUUGCAAGAUGGCGGAAACGAGACGAGAUGCAGAUUUGUAAACAAAAAAUAUCUACCCUUCAUGGUUUUAUGGUCGAGAAAACAAGUGAUAAUUAUAAUGUAGCGUAGCUGUUAGAAGUAUAACGAAGAUAUGAAUGCUAGAGGAAACAGGGCAAUCACGGCUCACAUGCUGAAGCUGGAAACAGGAGAAUUUGAGCUCGGGAGUAUCCAUAGUUUGGAUCUGUCAAAUAUGGGUAUCCAAGACCUUAGCAUCGUCGGACAGUGUACUGGCUUACUAUACCUUAAUUUGUCGUCAAACAAUAUCACAAGCCUUACGCAGCUGGGGAAUUUGAAACUUCUUGAGAUGUUGGACUUGUCAUCAAAUAAGAUCUCAUCUCUCAAUGGAAUGGAGAAUCUAACAAACUUGGGCUCAGUCAACCUUGCCAGUAAUAUGGUCAUGAGCAUUGAUGAGUUGCAGUGUCUUUCUGAUCUUGAGAAUUUGACUAAGCUACGUUUGCAGGAUUUUGUUCGGAAGCAGUCAAAUCCAGUUUGUCAGAGCACAAAAGACUACAAGAAAAGAGUGCAAGAGAUUCUUCCUAAUCUAAAAGUCUUGGAUGGGGAACUGUUAACAGGCAGUGGAAGCGAACUGUAUGCAAUAUGUGAUGAAAUGGAAGCCAUCCUUCAAGAGCAUGAUGAGGCACCAGGGGAUCCACUGGCCUUCAAAACAGUUCCUUGGGACAUUGAGAAACUAUGUGAGCCAAGCAAAACUUUAAACCGUAGCGAAGAGGAGGCCAAACGUGGUUUUGAAGAAGUUUUAUCCCACUGCAGGAAGAUAAAUGAAGAAGCCCUUAAGAGUGUUAAGGAUGCUAACGAAGCACUGUGGUCACCAACACAAACCUAGUGUAAUGUAAUUGUGGAUUAACUUUUUACCUUUUAUUAGUGCACGACAUGGUGGCUUACUGUAUAACUUAUUUGGAGUUUGCCUAGGCAGGACCUCAUGUCUGUUAGCAACCCCCUUGACACACCAUGAAGGUAGCCUUUAAAUAAAUAUAGUUUAAUAUUA